AUGAAGCAUUCUUUCUUGGUCGAUUCUUGUUCAUAUUCAAGAAUAUUUCGUUGUGUUUUCUUUCUCUUAUACGUUUGUAUCUCCUUCGUAACAACAACCAAUGCCCAAGUAUUCCAGCGACGGCUCUGGCCAUGGUGGCCAGGGUUUCCAGGGUACCAGCCACAGCCUUGGCCAUUUGAGCCAUCAGCACCACCUAAGCCUCAACCAAAGCCACCGCCAUCACCUGCAUGCCCACCAACAGCAACACCACCUAAGCCUCAACCAAAACCACCACCACCUAGCCCAGCUCCUUGCCCACAAACACCACCUAAGCCUCAACCAAAACCACCACCACCACCUAGCCCAUCUCCAUGCCCACCACAACCACCAAAGCCUCAACCAAAGCCAUCACCACCACCUGGCCCACCACCAAAGCCAGGACCGUCUCCAUCGCCACAUAAGCCACCUGAACCAUCGCCAAAACCUAGUCCACCGAAGCCACCUAAGCCAUCGCCAAAACCUAGCCCACCUAAGCCACCUGUCCCGUCGCCAAAACCUAGCCCACCUAAGCCACCUGCCCCAUCGCCAAAACCUAGUCCACCUAAGCCACAGAACAAAACCAUACCCGCCGUGUUUUUCUUUGGGGAUUCGAUCUUUGACUCAGGAAAUAACAAUAAUAUAAAGACAAAGAUAAAGAGUAACUAUCGUCCCUAUGGUAUGGAUUUUCCUAUGGGAGUUGCCACUGGUAGAUUCAGCAACGGAAAAGUCGCUUCCGAUUAUAUAGGUUAG